GGUCCGUGCACCUAUCCAUCCUCAACCACCAGGUCAGGUCCCGCGAUUCUUUCUCAGCCUUGCGAUCUCAAGUGUGUGUGAUAGUUGAUAAAUCUUGACUUGAGUAAUACUACCAGCCGGUCUUGCCGCCUUCCCACAGCCGCAAAAAUGACGUCCUCAAACGAACCAUUCUACUUGCGAUAUUACUCUGGCCAUAUGGGUCGUUUCGGUCACGAAUUCCUGGAAUUCGAUUUCCGAGUCGUCGGCGAUGGUCGCAGCGCGGUAGCCCGAUAUGCCAACAACUCCAACUACCGAAACGAUAGUUUGAUCCGAAAAGAGAUGUGUGUCAGCUCAGUAGUUGUCGACGAAAUCAAGCGCAUUAUCAAGACGAGCGAGAUCACCAAAGAAGAUGAUUCGAAAUGGCCUCAGAAGAACAAAGACGGACGCCAGGAAUUGGAGAUUCGGAUUGGUAACGAUCAUAUCGCGUUCGAGACCGCCAAGAUUGGAUCCCUGGUGGAUGUCACAGAGUCUGCUGACCCAGAAGGUCUGCGAGUGUUCUACUACCUUGUUCAGGAUCUCAAGGCUCUAGUUUUCAGCUUGAUCGCUCUGCACUUCAAGAUCAAGCCAAUUUAAGGACGGGCCCGACUAAAAAUAAUGGGAUACGGUGUUGUGGGAUCGAAAAGUCGAGGAUGCAAAUCUCGAUGAGAGAAUAGAGGUGAUGAUUCGGAUGUAGCUAAUCACGAUACCCGGGCUGUGAAAGAAAGGCGCGAAAGACUACCAGAAACAAGCCAUGUUUACAUAUCACGAAUGAAAGAACAAUAUCACCAAAGAAGCGAUCUCAUGGAAAAGCAUAAAAACAUUUUGUGCACUAUUGUCGGGUAGGUGGGAUAGCAUUAGAAACUUCACCAAACUUGUUCGAUCAGAAAGCUAGGGAAACCCUGGGAGUCACAGAUGCGGGAAAUAUUGAGAUAAUGCCCUGGAGGAUGUGGUACGACGGUGAAUGGAGUCAUUUGCUAACCACCAAUCGUACCUGAUGACACGAGUCGGAUCAUGCUACAUGCUCUAUAUUUCAGCCUGCAAUAUACGAUCCUAAUCAAGACCUGAGUAGGUAGCAUACGCUUGGACCAGACUCCCUGGGCAGGCUCACAUGUGAGGUUGAGUGAGCGGUCUGGAAAAGCUCUAUGCACUUGCAAAGCAAACAAUCGAUAAUAAAAUGCCAUCUUCAGGAGAAACGGCAAACAGAAGUGGUUUAGAAGAUAUGAUGCAGGUGGCUGAGGCUCCAAUACUGCAAAAGCUAAGGUAAUGAAUAGGCGACGGGUAGACCCGUGAAGGAAACGAUGAUGCGAGACAGAGAUGGAAAUUACCAACGUUGUAUGAUGAUUUCAGACCAUGCCAGCAAAGCAAAGCAAAACGCUCUGUCUCGGAGUUGGCGUGUGCAUGCAUCAUGUCUCCCUAAGUUGGAGGCCCAUCACCCCAUACGAACGAAGUGCGAGCGGCAACGUGGUGGAGGGUGCUGGGGCUGCCCGAUGGAUGGCGCCUG